AAUGGUUCGUGUGGGGAAGGAGCGCACACAUCUCCGCAUUAAGCAAUUGGAUCGUCUCUCUUGUUUCUGCAUUGCGACAUUAUCUGCCGAACUUCUGCAACGACAUUCCCUGUGAGAGACACUGUUUUCAUUUUGUUUCCAUUCCACAGCCCCCCCUCCCCCCGGCGGUCAGUCUUUGGUAAACACAUGGCAAAGGGAAUGUGGAUAAGACUUUGACACCUUUUCCCUCGGCUAUCAACCGUCUCAGUCCUUGUCCGGUAUGCGCUGGCACGCGUGACGCCACCCCCGUUCGGACAGAAUCGUCCCUGAGCCUCUUAGGCCGUUCGUCGCAUUCUCCGCCCCGAACACCACGCUGCUGAGGAGCCGAGACAUUAGGAACAUUCCGGUGGGCAGACACUUUGUUCACAGGAAUGCUGGAAACGGUCUUUUCUCCUCGCUCGGACUCUACUUCUUCCUCCUCCCCCGCUUUCGGGGUCUAUUCGGCAACUUGGUUCCUGGAGAGAACUGUUGAAAAAGCCGACUUAGAUCAAGGUAUGUCAGUCAGGUGUGGCCGGUGUGGAGAGAGGUUCGUCCAACCAACCCGGUCAAUUGUCCCAUCCUGGCGUUUUGCCUCUCAAUGGCAAUGGCCCUAGGUUCCUCCCCCGCUCCCCGCAUCAACCUCCGCCCCAUUCAUCCCAUUGCUCUGCCGUCCAUGAAAGCCGGCAUCCACUGCUACCCUCGCACUGUUGAUCCCCUUGUAUCUACCCCCCGAAAGAGGCCAUCACAACCACUCGACGGGGCCAUAUUACUUAGCCCUAGCCCCCUCCAUGACACCUCCCAUUCAGUUCCCCCCCCGGAGUUUGCCCGUCUUUACACCAAGAGUCCCAGUUGCCGGUCCACGUACGCCGCGCGGGGACACAAGCAUAACCCUACGACCGGGUUACUUACUCGGGGUAGGCCCCCAUCGUCGUCAUUCGACGUCUCCUCCUAUGCCGUGCCCCUCGUUGCGUAGAAGAGCCCCCUUCGAUGGGGGUCGGUCCGAUAUAUCCUGGCUGCCCAAUGAGUCCUCGUAGGCGGUCUUUUCGUUCCGUGAUGAAGCGGUCGCGGUAUAAGAAGGGCCAUGACGGUCCUGGUGGCAAGUCAAAAUGUGUAUCUGUAGCCCCAUAUCCGCCACAGCCCGACCGAUACGCGCGCCGCAAACGGUCUGUCUCUGAGGUUCUGACCAUGGUUUUCGUCGCCUACGCGUUGGCAACAUGCCUGUACCUCUCCGCUCCGGCGUGGUCUGCGGCCUUGAGGUGUAGGAACACCAGCCCCGUCGUGGACGUCAAGAAUGGCUCUUAUGCCGGCACCCAUAACCCAAAGUACAACCAGGACUUUUUCCUCGGCAUCCCGUACGCUAAGGUUCCCGAGCGUUUCCGCGUUCCUGAGAGCCUUGACACAACGUGGAACGGCACCCGCCCCGCCACGCAGUACCCCAAGCACUGUAUCGGCUACGGCGAAGACAUGAUCGGCUACGAGUCCUCCGAGGACUGUCUGUACGUCAAUGUCGUCCGUCCAGCAAGCGUAGCACCCGACGCGCAGCUGCCUGUGGCCGUCUGGAUUCACGGGGGCGGUCUGUAUAUGGGGGGCUCAGCCGACAGGCGGUACAACCUCUCUUUCAUCGUGGAGAACAGCGUCAAACAGAAUACUCCCGUCAUCGGAGUCAGCUUCAACUACCGUCUCUCCGUCUUUGGCUUCCCCGGCGGCAAGGAGGCCCUCGAGGCCGGCGCCACGAACCUCGGGUUCAGGGACCAGAGGUUGGCGUUGCACUGGGUCAACGAGAACAUUGCCAGUUUCGGUGGCGCGCCCGACAAGGUCACCAUCUUUGGCGAGAGCUCUGGCGCUGAGAGCGUUGCCGCGCAGGUGCUGGCAUACAACGGACGCGACGACGGGCUUUUCAGGGCAGCAGCCGCACAGUCAGGCUUUGGAGGUGUCAUCCCCCGCAAGGUCGGCGGCUUCAACUCGACUUCGUACCAGACGGACUACGAUCAGCUCGUCGGGAACAUCACCUCGUGCGCUUCCACUGUCGGCACCCCGGCGUCGAUCGACUGCCUGCGCACCGCGCCUCUGGAAGAGUUCCACGCGGUGCUCAACGUGACGGGCGCCCCCUUUGCCUUUAUUCCUGUCAAGGACGGCGACUUCCUCGCAGACUUUGCUACCAAUCAGCUUGCCCGCGGGGACUUCGUCAAGGUGCCUGUUCUUAUCGGGUCCAACAUGGACGAAGGUUCCGCUUUUGGGCAGGGCAAGGGACCCAGCGGAGGGCCGAUCAACACGGACGAUGACAUGGCAUACGCCGUGGCCAGCGUCAUCCCGCCCCAGGCCGAGGAAACAGCGGGGCAGAGUGUCGAUGAGCUUGUAGAUGGAGUGUUGACGCUGUACCCCGAUGAUCAGGCCGUUGGCAUCCCGAACCUCGAGACGUGGCCGCACGUCAUACAACCCGGCGAGGAGAUUGCCGUGGCUCGGGGCCUGCAGCAGCGCCGUGGCGGGGCCUUCUUCGGAGACAUGUUCUUCGGUUUCUUGCGACGGAGGGCCAACACCGUCUGGUCGGAGAACGGCAUUCACUCAUUCGCCUACCGCUUCAACGUGCGGCCGAACGGAGCCCCAGAGUACAUCGGCUCAACUCACUUUGCAGAGGUCGCAUUCGUAUUCAACAACCUCGACGGCCUCGGCUACACCACAAACCCCUUUGGCGGCAACGACACGUCGUACACAGUAAAGGCGGCCGCCCUCUCAAAGACUAUGUCCACGGCGUGGAUCAACUUCUUCGCGGGUCUCAACCCCAAUGGCGCGCCGGGUUUGAGUGAGUGGCCCGUCUACGACACUGCAGGCGAGGCCGGUGUGGGGAGCGACGUGGUCUUCGGCAUCGACGGCGCUGUCGUUGAAACGGAUGACUGGCGUAAGGACGGCAUGGACUGGAUGAUUGAGCACGCGCUGGACGUCUUUGGUAACUAGGACGGUAGGCGUGCGACGGUAUAGCCGUGUCUUACGACCCCUUCUCCCUGGUACAUAGACAGGCUAUGACAAGUAACCAAGUACCUUCGGCCUAAACAGAAACCGGGGUCCCGUUUCCUUUCACAUGCAUAAGCUGACGAGGAAGUCAAGGGGGCUCGUGGAGAAGAGCGGAGGUUCCCCCGUAGCAAACCGUCCGCCCGUGUGAAUUGGGCCUGCCUUCUGCCCCCUCUGCGGUUUCGAUACCUCAAUAUCACGCGUAUUUAGUCAAUGACUUUGUGAUGAAACUGCGAUGCCCCCCUUGGUAAGAAAACACCCAACGCAUC